AUGUUUGGAACUAAAUUCAUCAGAGGAUUUUUGGAAGUCAAAAUGAAUCGUGCCUUAGUAUCUCGCGUCAUGGCUCUCCGUCGGACGCUGAUGGUGCAUCCAAAGCGUUCCGGCUCUGGAGGAGGACAUCAUGAGAUUAUGAACCCUGGUCCUCCAGUCACAUACGACUAUGUGCCAGUGCCUUUCCAACCCUAUGGAAAGGUGUACGCCGAGUUGCAACAAAAAUUCAACAGAUACCUCCUUAUUUCUACCGCAAUGUUUGUCACAUCAAUUGCACUUGCUAUCUACACCGAUUUGUUCGCAUGGGAUGCCCUCACUAAGCCUAGCAGCUACCGAAACCGCCACAAGAAUAACUAACAUGAAUGAUGAAAGAUUAGCGUUGUCAUUUUUUUAUUAGGUGCAGUGCUACCUCUGUAUGAAAUAAAGAUUAUUAGUUGGGC